AUGUCAUCUAUUCCCUCUUCAUCAUCUAGUGUACAACAUUCUUCUCCUGAUUCAAAUACAACUCUUUUUCCCGCUUCUACUACUGCUUCAACGUCUGAAACGAAAUUUUAUGAUGACGUUGAAGAAUAUAUUAAUUCAUUACAAGAAAAAUAUCGUGAGAAAACUGUGAUAAAAAAGCAUACAUGCGAUAAAAUAUUGAAGGCGUUGUCACUUGAAAAAGGUAAGUGUUCAGAUUCUUUAUCUACUAACUUUGUCUAUUGGUGUCGGCAAAAGUUUAUUAUCGUAAAACUUGCUAAUGUUGAUGUUGUUUGUUGUGCAAAAAAUAGAAAACCGGUUUGUGUUUACGAAGCAUUGUUUACGGUUAUAAAAGAAUGUCAUGAAAGUAUAUCACAUGGUGGGAGAGAUAAAACAUUGUCAGAAAUAAAUUCACAUUAUUCGUGGGUUCCAAAAGUUGUUGUUGAAAUUUAUUUGAAAAGUUGUGUUGCGUGUCAAGUUCGAAAACCAUUAAAACAACCAGUUGUAUCAAAACCAAUAAUUUCACUAGGAGUGAUGACUAGACUCCAAAUCGACUUGAUUGAUAUGCGUACAAGACCCGAUGUUAUUUCAAGUACUGUCGUUUAUCGUUGGAUUUUGCAUUGUAUUGAUCAUUUUUCUAAAUUUACAUGGUCUUUUCCAUUAGAAAACAAAUCUGCUGGAGAGGUUGCUUCUAAACUCCGUCAGCUGUUUUUUACUUUUGGCCCUCCACAUUUGUUACAUUCUGAUAAUGGAGCUGAAUUUGUCGCACAGGUUAUAUUUGAAUUGAAAAGCUUGUUUCCAGACAUGUGUUUCAUUCGAGGAAGACCCAGACAUCC